UCAAAUCGCCGUGUGGUGAAGGUGCGAGCAGUAAAUUCCAAUCCAUGGAACUUUCCGCCCUCCCCGCAAUAGUUUCGAUCAUGUUUUAAUGGCUUCGAUCACGCUUCACGUUUCCCCGACGAUAUAAAAGUCUUCUGAGUUCACGAACUAGUCAAACAUUCCGCGUUUCCCUCUGCGCUUUUGGGUUCUUCCUUUUGGAUCCGAAAAGCUUUGUGAAAGCCAUCGAAUUUUCCGCCCGCAGUUCCGGUUUCGGGUAUUUCAGAUACCCUUUUUCUUCAAUCCCAUUUGGUUCAUGUUCAUGGUUAGAGGCUCACAUCUCCUCAACUCACUAUUUAGACCCAAAAUGGCAAAUUCUAACUAUGGGGAGGAAUUCUUGAAGGAUUUCAGAAUUCCCAAGUAUGUACUAGUGCCUGAAUCAAAGAGUGAAAAUGUUGCUGAUGUACCGCAAUGUCCGGUUUUAGUGUUUAUCAACUCCAAAAGUGGUGGCCAGCUUGGUGGGGAUCUUCUUGUAUCAUACCGUUCCCUUCUAAAUGAAAGUCAGGUUUAUGAUUUGGGGCAAGAGGCUCCGGAUAAGGUUCUUUGCCGAAUCUAUGCCAAUCUUGAAAAACUCAAGCGCAAUGGGGAUAAAUUCGCUACAAAAAUUCAAGAGAAAUUGAGAAUCAUUGUUGCAGGUGGCGAUGGAACAGCUGGUUGGCUUCUUGGAGUUGUUUCUGAUCUCAAGUUAUCUCAUUCGCCACCAAUAGCAACAGUACCACUAGGAACAGGAAACAAUCUUCCUUUUGCAUUUGGAUGGGGGAAGAAGAAUCCUGGGACAGAUCCUCAAUCUGUGAAGCAGUUUUUGGACCAAGUAAAGAGAGCCAAGGAAAUGAAAAUAGACAGCUGGCACAUUCUCAUGAGGAUGAGGAAGCCAAAAGAAGGUCCGUGUGAUCCCAUUGCGCCUCUUGACCUACCUCAUUCGUUGCAUGCAUUUGGCCGUGUCUCUGAUUCAAAUGAGCUGAACAUGGAAGGCCGCCAUACCUUUCGUGGGGGAUUUUGGAACUACUUCAGUAUGGGAAUGGAUGCUCAAGUAUCAUAUGCAUUUCAUACUGAGCGAAAGCAGCACCCCGAAAAGUUCAAAAAUCAGUUAACUAAUCAGACUACUUAUGCAAAGAUUACCCAUUCACAAGGCUGGUUUUCUUCUCCUUGUUCUCAAUCUACUUCACGGGACAUAGCGCAAUUUGCAAAGGUGAAGGUCAUGAAAAACCAUGGCCAAUAAGAUCUACAAAUUCCUCCAAGUAUCAAGUCAAUCGUGAUCCUCAAUUUGCCUAGCUUUUCUGGUGGUUUUAAUCCUUGGGGAGUCCCGAUUAGGAAGAGGCGUAAUGGAGGUUUUACUCCAGCAUAUGUAGACGAUGGUCUCAUUGAAGUUGUUGGCUUUCGAGAUGCAUGGCAUGGGCUUGUUUUGCUUGCCAAGGGACACGGGACUCGUCUUGCCCAGGCCCACCGUAUUCGCUUUGAGUUUCAAAAGGGUGCAAUUGAUCAUACGUACAUGAGGAUCGAUGGGGAACCCUGGAAGCAACCCCUCCCAGUUGACGAUGAAACUGUCGUGGUUGAAAUCUCUCACCUUCGCCAGGUGAACAUUCUUGCUCGACAUGGCUGCAGGUCUAAAAGCGUUUAUAAUCCCGAGUCACCUAGCAGCCAGGGAAAUGAGGAAGAGGAUUGGGAUGAUGAAGAAACUCAUGAAUCAGCAUUGUAUAGGAAGUUUGGUGCAGCAGACACAUUUAAGCUCCCCGAAGAGAUUGAUAUUUCGCAUCUCAGUUAACUUCUUAUUAAGUUGUUCCUUUCUCAGUUAACAUCUUAGCUUAGUAACAUUUCUAGCAGGAAUUGUGACAAAUUGCUUUCUAGGGUUCUUACUUAGUAACCCCAUUGUUAUCAACCUGUACAUGAUUGAUUUGUGGACGAAUGCAAAUAAUUCUUUAAACUCA